ACGUCUAAAUCUUACAGCUUCAAAUGUUGGUAUUCCUGCCGACUAUUGUGUAUGGUUCCACGUGUGUUCGUAUUUAUCAUCCUGCAUGUCUGUGACUGUCUGAAGUUGAUAUUUAGUUUACUAAUAUGGGGAAGAAGAAACUUGGAAAACAGCGUAGAGAUAAAUACUAUCAACUAGCAAAGGAAACAGGUUACAGAUCCCGAGCGGCCUUUAAGCUUAUACAGUUAAACCGUAAAUUCGAGUUCCUACAGAAAUCUCGGGUAUGUGUCGACCUAUGUGCAGCACCAGGUGGAUGGAUGCAGGUUGCCAAGCAGAAUAUGCCUGUUUCCAGUGUCGUUAUAGGUGUGGAUCUUUUUCCCAUUAAGACAGUUCCAGGUUGCGUUUCUCUGCAAGAGGACAUAACCACAGAUAAAUGCAGAGUUGCUAUUGAAAAAGAACUUCAAUCAUGGAAAGCUGAUGUUGUAUUAAAUGAUGGUGCACCUAAUGUCGGUAAAAACUGGCUACAUGACGCAUAUCAGCAGGCAUGCCUCACUCUGAGUGCUCUGAAAUUGGCAACUCACGUUCUUCGAACUGGUGGCUGGUUUGUUACUAAGAUAUUUCGUUCCAAGGACUACCAGCCAUUAAUCUGGGUGUUUAAACAGCUCUUCAAGAAGGUACACGCAACAAAGCCUCAAGCAUCACGAAGUGAAUCUGCGGAAAUCUUUGUGAUAUGUCAAGGAUACAAAGCGCCAGAUAAGUUGGAUCCACGCUUUCUCAAUGCAAAGUAUGUGUUUGAGGAGCUAGACGUGGAGCCCCAGAAUAAGCUUAGUAUAUAUCAUCCCGAGAAACAGAAGAAGGCAAAACCUGAGGGUUAUCCUGAGAAUGACUACACCUUACAUCACAAACUGUCCGUCACAGAGUUCAUUGCCAGCGAAAGUGCUGUGGAUACAUUGCAAAGAACUUCAGAGAUUGUGAUGGAUGAUCCUGAGAUAGCAAAUCAUCCUCUGACAACUGCAGAAAUCAAGGAGUGCUGUAAGGACAUCAAAGUAUUGGGUCGUAAGGAUCUCCGAGCUCUUAUGAACUGGUGGAAAGCUAUAAAACAAGUGAAAACUGAAAAUAAGCCUGAGAAUGAUGAGAAGACCACAGGAAAUGAAGAAAAGGAGGAAGAGAAGAAAGAUGAAAGCGAAGAGGAUGAACAUGACUUGGAAGAAUUAUCCCGCCAAGUGUCUGAACUGCAGGAGGAAGAAGUUCGAGCUUUGAAGAGGAAGAGGAAACAGACGAACAAAGAACGCAAAAAACUACAGGAUCGACUCAAUCUCAAGAUGGUUCUCCGAGGUGAUGAAGGACCAAAACUUGAGAGGGAUGACAUGUUUCAAUUGACGCAGAUUGAGAGUAGCAAGGCGCUCGAGAAUAUAACUGACAAUACGCCAGACAUACUAGCUGAAUCAGAACCUGAGUCAGAUGAUGAACUCCCUAAGAAACCAAAGUAUGUAAGGUUUGAGAAGGAUGGUGGUGAUCAUCUUGAUAGUUCUGGAAAGUUCUAUAAACCAGAUGACAUGAGUGAUCUGGAAGAAGACAGUGAUUCUGAAGAUUCUGAUGACAUUGAAAAAGAGGGUUUGGGUCUCAGUAAUAGUGAUCAAGAAAAUGAAGAAACCGACCCAGCAGCGAGUAGUUUGAAACACCAGCGAGAAGAGAAUCCGCUCCUGACUGACCUAGAUCCCAGGAACAAGAGGGAAAAAAAAUCACAUAAAGCUCAGCUGUGGUUUGAAAAGGAUAUCUUCAAGAGCUUGGAAAAUGAAGCAGAUGAAGAUUAUGAAUUGGAUGAAAUGGUGGAGGAGUACAAAAAGAAGGGUGGAAAGAUAAUUGGAGACAUUAAGAAAAAUAAAGAAAGCAUGAAGCCUGAAUAUGAAAGUAGUGAUGAUGAGAAUAUAGACGAAGAUGAAGAAACUGGUUCAGAAUCAGAGACUGAUUUUCAGCCAGAGAAGAACAAUACGAAGCUACCAACGGAAGGAAAAGCAGGAUUAGAAGUUGUUGCCAAAGAUGGAGCUGCGCCAAGCCGCAAACGCAAGCUGAAACUUGAUGAGGAAGGAUUGGCAUUGGGGACUCUUAUGGUGACUUCCCAUAAGAAUAAACGCAAUCUGAUAGAUGGGGGGUGGAACCGAUAUGCUUUCAACGAUGACAAUCUUCCAGAAUGGUUUGUUGCAGAUGAAGACAGACACAUGCGAAAGGAAGCACCGGUUCCAAAGGAGCUGGUGUCCGAGUAUAAAAUGAAGUUACGCGAAUUGAACGUCAGACCAAUCAAAAAGGUGAUAGAGGCAAAGGCUCGAAAAAAGAAGCGUGCUGUCAGGAGACUGGAACGUGCAAAGAAGAAGAUGGAAACUCUUAUGGACAAUGUAGAUGUGUCUGAUAAAGAAAAGGCUAAACAAAUCAGAGAGUUGUACAAGAAAGCCAAAGGAAAUCGCAAGAAAGAAAUUACGUACGUGGUAUCCAAAAAGCACACGGCAUCGAAAAGGACUCGGCGUCCACGCGGUAUCAAAGGACCGUACAAGGUUGUCGACCCAAGGAUGAAAAAGGACAAUCGUCGAGUAAAGAUGUCGAAAAAUGGAAAGAAGCGUGGCCAAGGUCCUGCGCCUCCAAAAGCGAAAAGAUCGGCGAAAAUGGGCGGCAAAGCGAAGAGAUGAACUGGCUAUUACGAGAAAUUCAGUAUUUCGAUGCCAGAGUGAGGUAAUCCUUACAGAAUAUGGGCCCUGUUACCGAAGUUGUAUUUUAUAUAGCAGAUUAAAGUCUGGUGAUAAAUUUUGUGGACUAUUUCCUUCUAUGACAGAUGUUAAUUUGGUUUUCAUUUCAAGCUUUUUUAAAUGUAUUUAAAGUGCAAACUCUGUUAGAACUUUGCGUGAACACCGUACGCUGUAUAUAAGUGGAAAUAAUGGAAUGAACGUUGACGCAUAUCGAGUGGCUUA